AUGCCUCUUAAGACUAAUAAAAUUGCCUCGCCUGGUGCGUUAUCAACUGGUUUUGCACUUCCUUCACCAAGUUUGCAAGCUGAAGAAGGAUUCAGAUAUAAAUCGAGUGGAUCACCCACAUAUAAUACUGAGAAGCAGUCGUUAGGAAUUAAUGACUUUUCAGAAAAGCAUCCACCAAAUCCACUAAAGUCGCCAACUAACAUUCAACCAUACGUUGGAUUGCAUGGUCGAUUAUCCCUCGCUUGGAUCACAUAUCCGAUAAUAGCAUUACUAUUUAUAACUCUUCGUCUCAUUAUAGCAAUGAGUUCCAUACAACCUUUAGUUGAUGAAGUUAAAGACAAAGCACUUAAAUCAUGUAAUUCUCUUGAACUUGCAACCUCAACGCUAAUAUCAUUACCACACUUUAUGGCUGAUGGAUUUAACCGUGCAACAGUUGACAGUGUCAAUCUUUCAAUUAAAGGGGCAUCAAAAGCACUGGAUUUUGGAAUUCUUGCACUCGAAGGUAUUAUUGUUUGGAUAAUUCACUUAUAUAAAAGUACUUUUAAAUGCCUAUUAGAAUUAGUUAUAAAUGGAUCAUUAAGCUCAAUUGCUGAAGCUGUAAGAGUUUUACAAGCAUUUUCUACCACACAACUUACUAACAUAAAAACCGGAAUCGAUAAGGAUAUUUCCUCCGUAAAUGCAGCUCUUAACUCAGUCCGAACAGCUAUUUCUACAGCUGGAUCACUUAUUGGAGGAAUUAAUGUUCCUACAGUUACAAUUCCAUCGGCAGAUGCAUUAAAUUCUUUUCAACUUCCAACAUCAAAUAAUGUUGCAGGACUUGACGCAUUGAGUCAAAACAUUCCAACUAUUGCUGAUAUUGAAACCAAAUUGGAUAAUAUUGUGACCAUUCCUUUUGAACAAUUAAGAAUAUUGGUUCAAUCAACAAUGUCAAAUUUAACUUUUAAUCAAACGGUAUUACCUGUUCCACCACCAAAUAAUUUAAAAUUUUGUGCUAAUAGUUUGGAUCUUAGUGUUCUUGAUCAACUAUCACAUGAUCUUAUCAAAGCCGCGACAAUUGGAAUAGUUAUAAUUUUCAUAAUUGGUCUUUUAAUGAUUCUUAUUAAUGCAUUUUACAUAUUGAUUUCCUAUAAACGCUUUAUGAUACAUGUUAAUCGUACUGUCACCACAGUUCAAUUAAUAACUGUCAAUCCAAGCAGGGAAUCAAUCUUAGAUAUAAUAAAAAUCGCUGAACAUCCGUUGAUAUCACUGUGGAUCAUUAAAACUUCAAAAAUUUUUAAAAGAACUGAAAAUCAAAAUUUGUUUCGAUGGUAUUGGGAUUACAUAUUGUAUAAACCAGCACUUAUUUGUUUAACAAUUGGGAUCGCUGGUGUUUUAGGAAUAUACUUACAAAUAGCCAUCUUGAAUGUUGUUCGACAAAAUUAUCGUGCACCAAUUCAACAGGCAAUAAGUGCAUUUGGUGAUACUGUAUUGAAUCUAAUGAAUUCACAAUUGAAUAAUACGUCACAACAAUUUGCCAAUGGAAGCAAUUCUGUGUUAUCAACCUUGGAAAACGGGAUUAAUCAAGAUCUAUUUGGAUGGGUGAACAUCACAACUACAACAUUGAACAACACUCUUAAUGCGGCAGUUGAUGAUAUUUCAUCAUUUAUACAAACUACAUUUCAAGGUGUACCAGCAUUAGCAACUUCAAUUCAACAAAUUUUAAAUUGUUUGAUUUUUGUGAAAAUAGAAGGAAUUCAAGCAGGACUAACUUUUAUCAAGGAUCAUGCGUUUAUUGAGUUACCUAGAGUGAAUAAUAAUAUCUUAAUGAUUAGCCCUUUGAGAAUGCAAGAAGCAGUAAGUAAAACCACAGAUCAACUUGUUGGACCACAGAAUGAUAACUCCAAUGGGGGUGAAAUUGGUGGAAUUUUUGAUGAGUAUGAAAACAAGCUACGUUCAGAACUUACAUUGUUUCUAGUAUUGAUCGGAGCAUAUGUAGUAGUAGUUCUUAUGGGAGUAAUUUAUGUGUUGUGGUUCAUUUAUCAACGUAGACGAAGAAAUAAUACGUUGCUUAAAGAAGAAUCACUUAAGAAAUCUCUCAAGGAGGAACCCAUGAAAAAUUUUACGUUGCCUUCGGAAUCAUCACGCUCUAAGAAUAGGCAACCACCAUCAUUACCACCGAAACCAAUUUACCUUAUAAAAUGA